CACAAUCCACGCAAAAGGUUCUAAAGUCUGCCGUCAGGACCGAUUGACAUCAAAAACAGAGUCGAUCCCAAUCCAUGCUUUAUUCUAUUUCCAAGAGUGAGCCACUACUAUAAUCUGGAUACGGUUUCCCUUCAAAAAGUCGAUUUCAUGAGAAAAGCAUUGGUCACGACACUUUUUCCUCUUUCGUUAAAUGGAGGGAUGGACUUGGCGCUCACCCAGCCUCGGCGCUAAAUCAAGCUGGCGCUUAAAAACGACAACAUAGCUGCACCAAUACGAUGGCAAUUCUCCUCGAACAUGCAGGAGCUCAGACUGAUAUGGGUGAAAAGGUCGUAAUGCAUUACUGUCUUCAAAUGUGGAGGAUUUACGGCAAUACGGGAUAGCUGUCUGCGUACUAAUGUAUACUCAUGAAAACCUCCUCCUAAGUCAUCUAGCCAGCCUGCCACCUUUGGGUCCGUAAGGCUUCGUUAGGUCAAUGGCAUUGGAAGACAACAAAAUCACCAAACCCAAGAUUUCAUUACCAGAGUCAAAGAGAACCAGCGACUUGCACACGCUGACGGUACACCAUGUCGACACUUCGCAUUGGAGACAUUCACACUGCAACGUAAAGGAUCCCAAAUUACGGAGCUCCAAGCCAAACCAGCUAGCUGUGUUGCUUUUCGAAUGGUGGACCAUCGAGCUUGCUAGUUGGGCGUUGGGUGCCUUUUGCGUGGUGGUCAUCAUCUUUGUGCUGUGGCACUUUGACGGUAGAGCGCUACCUGAUCUGGGCUUCGGUUUGACAAUCAACGGCUUCAUAUCUAUCUUUUCUGGCAUCGCGCAAGCUGCCCUACUUUUCCCUACUGCUGAGGCUCUGGGUCAGCUCAAAUGGACGUGGUUCAGGUCGGAGCCGAAACCAUUGCUCGACUUUGACGUGCUUGACAGCGCCAGCAGAGGGCCUUGGGGAUGUGUGACGUUGCUUGGUCAAUCAAUCCUAUCGUGUAAUUCAAAAGCGAAAAGAAUGAGACUGGCUUGUCUCGGCGCGGCGGUAAUCAUCAUGGCUCUUCCAUUCCAGCUCUUUGUUCAACAAUUAGUUCAAACCCCCACAGUAUGGUAUGCGACAAACUCGUCUGCAAAAUUAACAAGAACCAUUCAAUAUUCAACUUUCAAGCCCUUGUCAACUGAUGACGGUGAGAACGUCAUUAGCCCUGACGUUGCACUUCAGAACACGGUAGUUCCCUUCUUUUACGGAAGUGGUAAGGUUCCUGAUGUUGAUUGCUUUUGCCCUACGAGCGAUUGCAAAUGGUCGACUUUUCAGACACUCGGAGUCUGCAGUGCCUGUAAGGAAUUGCCAUCGCAGUAUCUGUCUUGGGGCUGUUACGACGGCCCGGCAGACUGGCUGAACGACGUGACACUUUCACUUUCCACAAAGUUUGCGGAUUAUCCGAAUCGCACUUCCUGCGGCUACUUUUUGAAUGUCACCAGCAGCGCUCCCGUACUAAUGACUGGAUACGCUCGCGUUGAAAAUACUUCGAACCCAACUGAGACGCUUACCAUGAGACUAUUUCCUCUGGUGGAUGGUCUCACGCGACAGCCUUAUUACGGUGGUUCGAUCAUGUUCAAAAAUGUCACCAACGCUAUAUCAGACUUCUUGAUUGUAGCAACCGCCGAGGGCGCGGAAGGUGUCUACCAAAAUGCAACCCCAGUUGCACAAGAAUGUGUUCUGAACUGGUGUGUUCAGACAAUGAGCUCGAAUUUCUCCAGAGGACAUUUUCAGGAGGUUGUUAUCGACUCGUGGCAAAACACAACAGUCGAACCUUUUCCGUGGAAUGUUACAUUCAAUGAGACUACAGGCGUUCCUCUAAAUUUCCAAUACACAAGAGAUAUCGUCUUAACUCCACCCAGCUCGGAAAUCACAUUUGGCUUGAACGCUGACACGAUGGUGGAAACAUCAUUCACCAUGGACAUUGUUCUUCCCUCGUUCCUUACUGCAGCCAACUCAACAGCGAUUCCUCGAUACAAGUUCAACAAUCAGAACAUGAGCCCACGAUCAAUUCCGAUGACCAUCAAUCCUUGGCUUUCGGCAGGCAGUAUUCCAGACUAUCUUACAACGAUUGCCAAAGCCAUGACCAUCACGAUUCGCAACUCGGCAAACAGCAGCAACAUGGUAGAGACCUUUUCAGGAGACGCGUUACAGUCAAAAGUCCUGAUUCACGUUUUGUGGCCUUGGAUUACGCUGCCAGCUUCGGUGCUCGCGUGCAGUCUCGUCUUUCUUUUGACAACCAUUUACACAAGCGACAGAGCUGCUGAAGUGGGGGUCUGGAAAACAAGCGCGCUCGCUAUCCUCUUUAAUGGCUUGCAUGAAGAACUGACAAAGGACGAGCCUGAACAGGUAUGGACACUAAGGGAUUUAAAGCAGAGGGCCAGCAAUAUGAAGGUCAAGCUAGGCCCUGAUUAGGUCAAAUGCUGAGAACGGGACGUGGAGUUUUUGCAAAUGAGGGACGUGAGAAUUUACACACGCUGCUUCAUGUCAUUUCGCAUGCUAGCAAGGCUUGCAUCUUGGCGUCAUGCACAGUAUAGUACCUAAUCUGUAGAUAGACCUCCUAAGAGUUUUAUUUGACCGUCAUAGAUUAUUCUACUAGAUUUGGGCAUAAGUCGUUCAUUUUGAAGAAC